GUGUAGUAUAUAUUCUAGAUUGGGCUGUCCUGAUGCAGUGGGGAUUUCUCAGCAAGGCUUCACCAUUCGGCUCUGUUUGUUGCGUUUUCCAGAACAACCACACAGACGGUCUUCGGCUCCUUCCGUUUGGGUUUGCAACUUGAAUGGAGUGGAAAGAAAAGAAGCAAGGAGAAGUUGGCCUCAGAGAAAGAGAAUAGAGAGCUCAGAACAGUGCAGUAGAAGAACUGCAAUUGAUAGGCUUUUUUUUCGUGGCGAUAAACACAUCCACAGAUCUUAUUUAUCCUUUGGAAUUGCUCCUUUGACUUGACUACAAGUCCCUAAGUAUUCUUUUUAAGCUACUAACAUUUUGUUGUUGGGCGAUUGGAAAGCCACACUAUAGCAGGUACAAGUAAGUAUAGCUGUUUAAAUUAUUUUGUUUGAUUAAGUUUAGGAAUUGGAAUGUCUCGUCGCCAUAGACAGUUAGUUGAAAAAAUCCCAGUUGAAGAAGAAGAAGAACUUCUAGACAUUGAUAACGGAAAAGAUGAAUCCGUCAUCAAUAUCAGUGACGAUGAUGAUGAUUUUCAAACCACGUAUAUUCACAAUACUGAAAUUGAGAUCGAUCAAACAAUGGAAAACGAAGAAGAGAGAACUGGUGACAAUAAUGACGACAUUGAAAUGGAUUAUGGUAAUCAAAAUUUGGAAGGGCAGAGUAUUGCAACUGCAAAUGAAAAUACUGCUGUUGAUGAGGCUAAUGAAAAAAUCCACCAAACUGAGACUAUAGAUACCGAUGAAAUAAAUGGAAACACAGAUGUCAUCGAGGAAAACACGAAAAUUGGUGUUUCUCAAACCAAAAAUGAAGUUGAAAAGAUUAAUGAGAUUAAUGAGAUUAAUGAGAUUAAUGAGACUAAUAAGAGUAAUGAGAACAAGAAUAAAAAUGAGAAUAAUGAUAUUAAAAAUAUUGAAAAUGAUGAGAAUGAUGAGAAUGAUGAGAAUGACGAGAACAAUGAGAAUGAUGAAAAUAAUGAAAACGAGAAUAAUGAGAAUAAUGAUAAUGACCGUAAUAAUAAAAUCACUCUGAAUAAACGAGAAACGGAAGAAAAUCAAAAUUCUAAAAGUGAUGGGAACAAUGGAGUUGGUGAAAAAAAAAAAAAUAAUGAUACUAUUAAAAUUGAAAAUUCAGAAAAAGUAACAGAUGAGCUGAAACUAAAUCCAAGUCCCGAUUUAAAACCAAAUGGCUAUACCUAUGUUAACGACGAAAAUUUGGAAAAUAGUAUAAAAAUUGAAAGAAAGGACAAUAAAUUUAAAAACCAGCCUAUUAUUGAAAACUCUAAAGGAAUUAGUAUACCCAUCAUCAUAUCCAGAGGUUCUGUUCUGUAUCUUUUAUUUCCUUGUUCCAAAAAUUUCGAGAAAACAAAAGGCCUUCCUGUUUUAUUUCCCCCAUCUUUUUUUGGAUAUCUUGAUAAAACUUUAGAUGUUUUUUUCAGUGGUCUCCGAUCUUAUUUUAACAACAAUGAUUUACCUUUUGACAUUAAUGAAGAAUUAAUUUUAGAUUUUUUGGGUUUAAAUUUGGCUAUUACUGAAGAUAAUGUAUACUCUAAGGAGGUUAAAUUUAGAGACAUAUUAACUCUUUUUUGGUGCUUAAGUGAUAGUAAAAGUUUUGAUACUGACAGCAUAAAUUUAUUUGAAAUUGUUCUUUCUUCGAAAAAAAGAUUUAGCUAUUAUUUUAAUUUUUUGUUUGAAUCUAUUAAAAAAAAGAAGAAUACCGAAAAUAAAUCAUCUAUAAACAAUGAUAUAACACAACCCAACAGUUUGGAAACUGACAUAGUUUCAAUUGGUGAUCAAUCUGGGAAUAAAAAUGAAAGCAAAGAAAAUGGUCAAAUUGUACAUCAACUUAAAAACCAAUUUGAUGAGGACAAAAACAAUAUUGGUGAAAGUGAACUCAAAAACAAUCGCAAUGAGAACAUUAAUGAAACCAAAACAGAAAAUGAAAGCGUAAAAAUAGAUAAUCAAAAUAAUGACAGCCAAAAUAAUAAUGAUAAUGAUGCAAAUAAUGGUGAUUCUGCUAAUGGUGGUAACGCUGGUGAUGAUGGUAACAACGGUUACGAUGAAAAUGACGGUAAUGUUGGUAAUUAUAAUGAUGAUAUUGACAAAAUUGUGCAGAACAGCAUAGAAAAUGGAAAUGGAAAUGGAGUUGAAAAUGACAGUGUAAAAAAAAAUGAUAAUGAGAUUAAAGUUAAAAAUGACAAUAAGAUUAAAGUUGAAAAUGAAAAUAAAAAUGAAAAUGAAAUCAGUAAUCCACCUAAAACAAAGGACAAUAAUUUUGGAAUAGAUCACACAAUGAAGUCAAAUAGUGAAAAAACUGAAGAUGUUAUAACUGUAAUUGAAGCUGAAAAAGAGAAUAAUUCUGAAAAUAAAAAUAUUGAUCUUAAUGUAAAUCAUCAAGCUCAAGUCAAUGCUAAACCUUUAUUUGGUCUCCCUUCCAUCCCAAUUAAAAGAUCUUUUCCUGAUCUACCUCCAAAAAGGAAAGUUGAACCUGGACCAACUGAUAUUUCGAAACGUGGUGAAGAGUUGAGAAAGAAACUUAUGAAGUCUCUUCACCAAAAAACUUCUAAGCAACCGAGUGUCGAACAGAAUAAAAGUAUUGAAGCUGUUAAUGAUAACAAUAAACGUUUACUUGUUGAGAAUGAAAAGGCUGAAGAUAAAAAUUUGUCUAUCAAAAAGAGUAAACCCUGACUUUAUUUUGUUCUCUUGUUUAGAAAGAAGUUUGUUAACCUUCAUUGACUCUUGAUUUCACUCAAGAUUGAAUAUCUAUCUACGUAAAUAGCUUCUUUUUAUUAUUUAUAUAGUAUAUAGAAAGAAUCUAUGUGUAAAACUACUA